AUGGUUGAAAACUAUUGUAAUGUUAUCAUUGACAACAUCGAGUUCGGCCAAAACCUUGAUGUAAUAUAUCAAACAUGAGAUGCAGUGUUUCAUCACCAGAUGAAACACCGAGAAGAGAGUUGAAAAUACGACGCGCAGCGGAGUAUUUUUGACGAACUUCGAGGUGUUUCAUCUGGUGAUGAAACACUGUGUCGAAUGUUUGAUAUUUCUUCUCAAACAAAAUCAUUUUUGAAGGAGAAAUUAAGGAUUCAAAUACUAAGCAGUGUUUCAUCCGAUUUCCAAACACUCAUUAAACAUUAAUUUCCUUUGUAUUUUCUUAAUGAAUUAUUAAUGAGUUUGAGAAGAUUCGGUCAAACACAGAUAUAAGCUUGUUUUCUAUCGGGACAUUGCUGCUAAUCCGCUUAAUACAGCAAAAGAAAUCUUUACAUUCGCAGGGAUGGAUCUUGAUGAGAAUACUUUCGAGUGGAUAAAAGCCACAACAAAUCUUAGCAACAAGACGGAAGCAAACAAAGCGAAUUUUAAGAGUCUAGACUCGUUGGUGAGGAAUUCUAAAGCGAACAUUGAAAAAUGGCGAAUUGAAUCUCCACCCGAACGUACAAAUGCCAUCGAGAAAAUUUGUAAGCCGUUGUUGGAACUUAUAGACGAAAUGAGCAUGAGUGAGAAUGUUCAUUGGAUAACUGAGUAA